UGGCGUAGACUACGGGGAAAUUCAAGCAAUACACUGGAUGUACCCUAUCAUUGGACUUCCCCAAGCACCACCCCCUAAAAGUUCUCCAGUUGUCAUAAGAUGUCAGGCCAACAAACGAACAGAAGAGAAAGUGGAAGUCACAAUGGUUGGUAGUUUUUUUGGUCCACGUCCAUCACCUGACUUGACAGAAUUUUUAGUUUUUCCAAAAAGGAAUUCAUCUAACAGUAUUUAUGAAGACGUUGAUGUAACUCCUAAAAGACGUGAAUUUGAGUAUGAAAUAGAAUUUGAAUCUGAAGAAACGAAGUCUAGCCUGGAGUCCACUGUAACUUUAUAUUUAUUCAGAAAACAUUUUGAUGUAAAAAGUGAAUUAAUUUCAUUGGUUUUCAAUCUGGUUUUUACACCAAGGAAACCAUUCAGGGCUCAUAUCACAUUGAAAGUUGAGUGCAUAACAGAUGGAAUCUGGAAGUUUCCUAUAACAUUGAUUGCUACUGAGCCCGAAGUGGAGGAUGUCAUUAACAUCCAGGGAAUAGGUUUAUUCAAGACAUCUGUCACGGAAUUUCGACUAACAAGUCAGACAAGGUAUUAUGAGGCAUUUGAAGCCCAUUUUCUGCCAGGUAGUGAUCGAGAGUUUUUUGUAAAACCUCAUUCUGGAGAACUCCCUCCAUUUUAUACAAAAGGAAUUGUCAUCGUUGUAGGAUUUAAACCUCGAAUGUACAGUAAAAAAUAUCAAGCAACACUUGUAAUACAGACAGAUGAAAUAUAUUGGUUGUAUGAAAUAAAUGGGUUACCUCCAUCACCAAGAUCAAUGAUACAUGUAAAACCCAAAAUUGAUGCUACUAACAAGAUAUAUGACUGCAUGCCCCCAAUUCGUCACAAUUUUAUUCGUGAAAAUGCUAAACUUCGAAGCACAGGAGUAUCUUCUACUGUUAAAGGUGCUCCUUUAUUCAAAAAGCAUAAAUAAAUUUUUUAAACAUUUCUU